UGCUUAGCAGAGACCAAUUGUGAAAAUAACGUUCUUCCAUUGAAAAAAAAUUUCGCGUUGUAUGCGUAAUAUUUUCGAAUCGAGUAUUUUGAAAAUGAGUGAAAUAAUGUUCCGUGAAUUCGUUUUUAUGAUCAAAUUUUAACAAUUUUUCUCAGUUUGGUUAUAUGUACUGUUAUGAUUUUCCAAAAUGGACAAAAGGAAAAAUGCAAAUCACAAGGUAAGAUGUAAAACUCACAUCCAAUUUAAAUGCAACAAAGACGAAUCACAUGUUCAUAGACCAAAUCAUCUUGCAAAAAAAUCCAAAUGGAAACCAAUAAUACGAGUAUACCAUAUUGUGGAAACACCUUACCAAAAAUUGGCAAAUAUUACCGAGACAACAUAAACGGUUACGCCAGUGUAACAAUAUGCAUCAUCGGUGUGAUCCUAAAUUCACUCAACUUAUUGGUAUUCACCAGGAAAACAAUGAUCUCACCGCCGAACUUUAUAUUCACCAACUUAGCCAUGAUAGAUUUUUUAGCUCUAUCAGCUCGUAUACCACUCGUAUGGCUGAAAUACGUUCAGAAUAAUGAUUACGAAUCUGAGACGAAAGGACGAAGUUACGAAUGGGCAGCAUCGGUGGUAUGUAGCGAUCUUUUAGCGGUCACUUUUCAGUUCUUAUCAGCUUUCCUGACGGUGAUGAUGGCGAUAUGGAGAUACAUAGCUGUGAAAUAUCCUCUGAAAGUACGUCAUUGGUGCAAUAUGGAAAUCACCAGGAAUGUGGUGAUUGCUGGUUACAUCCUGUGCUGCAUUUUGCUCGCUGUACCGACGUACAUGACGCGCGAGAUUCUCGAGAUUAAAAAUAAUCAGACACAUAUUUCCACGUAUAAAGUCAGUUAUCAACGAAAUGUGAUAAUGUUUCGAGUAGCUUUCACUGUUCAAGGACUGAUAGCCAGAUUAUUGCCUUCAGUAGUGCUGGCAGGGUUAACUUUUAGAAUCGUUGUUGACUUAUCAGCAAGUAAAAUCCAUCGAGGACAAUUAACUCCAUCUGCAAGCGUCCAAUGCGACAUGAAAAAAGCAAAAAUGAAACGACAAAUGAAUAUUUCAACAUCGAUGUUGGUGACAGUCGUGGUAUUAUUUUUCAUAGCCGAGUUUCCAAAAGGAAUAAUAACCAUUCUGCGAGUAAUUUACGAGAACGGCGACGACAUUUCUUCAAAACUUCAUGGCCAAUGUUACACUUCAGUAGUCCAGAUGUUUAAUACGAUCACUGAUUUUAAUUUAUCUAUCACGUUUUUCGUAUAUUACACCUCAAGUCAACAUUUCAAAACUACUUUUAAAUCGUUGUUCAUUUGUAAUAUUUUCCUUUAUUUGAAACAUAUACCAUUAGCUUUAGGUAAUGGCGAAGAAGUUAAUACAGGUCCGUCGACUGAUGAUACGUUUACCCCUUGUAAUUUUAAUUUACAAAGCGAUAGCGAAUAACAAUAUCUUGUGUGAAAAGAACUUUUUUUAUUACGUGUG